AUGGGAGAGCAGGACUCUUCGACAGCCGAUGCUACAGACGAUACAGCAGUAGCGGCUGCUGCGCCCAGCAGUGUGAAUUCCGGUCCUCCCAGCUCAAGUCAGCGUAAAAUCUAUCCGGGUCUCAAAAACACUGUAGGCCCUUACAAACUGCUCCAUAGCAUUGGGCAGGGUAGCUUUUCGGAGGUUAAAAUGGCGGUUGACACGCGGACGGGUGAUCAUGUUGCGAUCAAGGUGAUGAGCCGUGCCAUGAUCCAAUCCAGCGACCGGCUGGGGAUCAGUGUACGAAGAGAGUCGGAUCUAUUGAAGUCGAUCCAUCAUCCCAACAUCAUCGGGUUCCGUGAGGUAGUCGAGACUUCGACACAGAUGUGUAUUGUUCUGGACUAUGCAUCCGGAGGAGAGCUCUUUGAGUUCGUUGCCGAGAAGCGUUCCAAGGCGUCCGAGCAGGACAUCCAGUGUAUUUUCGCAGAGAUUGUCGAUGCCGUGAACUAUUUGCACCAGCACAACAUUGUUCACCGGGAUCUGAAACUAGAGAACGUCCUGCUGCAGCCACGAAACGGUGCCCCAUUGCGUCCGACCGUCAAACUGACCGAUUUCGGACUUGCCAAAGUCAUUGAAGAAGACUCGCCUUUACUCACGACCCGCUGUGGGUCCGAAGAUUAUGCUGCUCCGGAAAUCAUUCUCGGACAACCCUACGACGGCCGCGAGGCCGAUAUCUGGUCCCUGGGCGUCGUCCUCUACGCGUUACUCGUCGGGUUCCUGCCCUUCAACCGGAGGCCGGGGAUGGACAGGAAGAGCUUCUUGAGCAUGAUCGCCAAUGCCGAGUUUGGAUUCCCGGGCGAGAAGGUCUCGUUCAAACGCGCGAGUCUCCUGGAUUUGAGACAGCGGUCCUUGUCGACGGCGAGCACGGCCUCGAGUACGUCGACGGUCACGUCCUCGGUUCCUGUGGCGGCUGCGGAUCAGGCCACAACAGGGACGGGGAUGUUGCUCCCGGUUGUGGCGGCAGCGGCGGUGCCGGAUACAUCUUUCACGACAGCGGAUGAGGUGGCGACGACGGCGAUCGUGCCAAAGAUGCGGGGGGUGAAUUCGGUAUCGGAUGAAUCGAAAGAGUUGGUGAGGUGGCUGUUGCAGACCCAGGGAGCAAAACGACCGACCGCUAGACAAUUGAGUGAACAUCCUUGGGUUGUUGCUGGACGAAUGCAGAAUGCAGCUGUGCUUUGA